AUGGCCGAUCGCGGCCAGGCGGCAGGCCGGGCUUACCUAAACCAUCCCCCCGCCUUGGACAAUGACGGGCGUUCUCUCUGUUCGACCGUUUCUCCUCUCAGUCACUCCGCGUAUGCCGCGUAUGAUCUAUUAGGCCAGUCCUUGCCUGUCUGUCCCAUGCAGCACAGUUCUGCAUCCCUCCUGGACACCCCACACUAUUUCCUCCAUCCUUCGAGUCUGUUACAUCGGGCUGUACGCGAGUUCUUCACCCAAUCACCAUACAACUGCGGCAGUCGAGCUGGGCGAGCUCGAGUGCACGGAGGGCAUCGACAUCAAGUGGGACUGCAGCACAGCACACGGAGGGCAUCGACAUCGAGUGGGACCGCAGCCAGGGUGGCGAAAUCGCCUGGAGGCGCGUCGAGCAUCGCGCACGCGUACCCGCUCACGCUCGGGCUCGUCCUCCAUGCGCUCACAGACGGGCUUGCGCUCGGGGCAUCCGCGCUUUCGUCCGGCGCGAACGUCUCGGCGGUGCCCUCGUGGCUCUCACUCGUAGUGUUUGUCGAAGGCUCUGACUGCGUUGGCCCUGACUACAUCGCUCUUGGCCACAGCGCUCCCCCGUGCACAGUGCAAGAUGCACCUGGCGGUGUUCAGCGCGGCGACGCCCGUCGGGGUGCUCGUGUCGUUCGUGUUCCUCUCGUUCCUCGGCGUGCACAGCGAAGGCCGCUGGCCCGGGAUCGUGUUGCUCAUUCUGGAGGCACGUUCUUGUACGUCGCGACCAUCGUCCAGCCCGUGCGGGGCUCCUCUGAUGGUCUGGGCACGAAGAUUCGGACACUCUUGAUCGUGCUGGGGAUGUUUAUCCCGUUUGCUGACGUUCCACGGAUCGGAUAUAUCGGUAUUGUAUUUUAUACUGGCAAUUCUGUAAUUUACCCCUCCGUCCCAUCUCAUCACACAACAGGUCUCAGUCCGAAAUAA